UGGUCACACUGAAAAUGUGCUGCAGUUGCUAAAAAAAGUAUUAUUUUUUUGAAGUUUUUUUUUUCUGUUCCGUGUUGUAACAAUUAAACCAAAAGCAAGGAAAUUUUUAAUUUGAUUGCUCACACAAAUUGACCACCAGCACAAUUGCCAAAAUGGAUUGCAAUCUGGGCAGCGAAAUUGGUCAAAAGAUGCGCAGCGCCGUGAAGGCGAAACUGCUGGAAUUAGGCACAGGCGGCUCUGCCGGCUUCAUUGACGACGAGCUUCCCGACUACGUGAUGGUCAUGGUGGCCAACAAACGCACCAAACAGCAGAUGAACGCCGAACUGAAUCUCUUCCUGGGCGAUCAGACGGAUCUGUUUGUCACCUGGCUGCACGAAGUGCUACAAAAGUUGCAGGAGGUCACGUUGCCGGCGCCAAGUGCCAGCAAGAAGCGAAAGUCACGUCAAUCCGAAGCGCCCAAAGCAAAGGACAAGGAUAAAGAUAAGGAUAAGGACAAGAAGAGCAAAGACAAAAGAGACAAAAGGGUGCACAGAAAGUCCGGUGAUGAAGUGAUGCACUCAGAGGCGACGACAAGAUCGGUAGACACUUUGCCGGCAAUUAGUUCCAUUACGGAUGUCUUCGCCGAGGAGCUGCUGGAGAAAGCCAAAAAGACGCUCGAUGUGGACACCAGUCUAAAGGAUGAGCUCAUUCUUAAGAAAAAGAAACGCAAAUCAACUAAUGAUGUGGAUCCGCCUGCUGCAGAGGAGGCUCCCAAGGAUGCGGACUUGCCAGCCACGUCCGAGAUUAGCUCCACAACCACCAGUGGCAAUCGCGAAAAGGAUAUGGCCGAGUUGGCCGAAAUACAGCGAAAAAUCUACGCUGCCAAGCAGCAUUUACGCCAGAUUGGCGAACUGGAUGAUGACAGUGAUGCGGAUGCGGAUGAGCAUGUAGCUGAGGAUGAGGAUGUGGACGAACAGCAUGUGGAGGACGUGCUUAGUCUUAACGAGCCAGAUGAAUCUGUUGGCCAUAGCUCAACGCCAAAAGCAGCAGCAGCAUCUGACAACUGUAAUCUGAGCACACGCAAAGCCAAAAGUCCCAUUGUGUUCAAUAGGACACCCGAACUGGAGGUAGCUAGAGAAAAACCAAAACCAAAGCCACUGGUCCCACAUGAACUGAUCAUAGAUGAGCGCACGGAGCGUCGAUCAGUUCAUGAGCGUCUAGGCAGCAAGCCGCAACCGCCGGCACAACAACAACAACUACAGCAGCAACAGUCACAAACACCGCCGGAUCCGCAGCGUCCACAGCGCGUGCAAAAGGAGCUGGAACUGUACGUUCCGGCGCAUCGACGUCGCAGCGAGCAGCAGCACGAGGAGAAUAAGAAGAAGGAGGUGGAACGUGAACGGGAACGGGAACGGGAACGUGGCAGGGAACGCAGUCAACGCAAUGCCAGCGAUAGUCAGCCUAGUCGCCGGCGGGAACGAGAGCGAGAAAGAGAGCGAGAGACGCUGCGCAGUCGCCGCACGCCAAGUCGCAGUCGCAGUCCAGAGAACAACUACAAGCAUCGCAUUGGAUCGCGUGUUAUUGUGGCGGUAAAUAAGCCGCCAGUGCCAUCGGAUGACGAAGAUAUUCUGGAUAAGCCAGUCAAUUCGGUAAUUAAGAUCAAACCAAGGCCAACGGUUUCACCCCGUCGACAGGCCUGCAAGAAUCUUCUGCUGCGUGCCGUUGCCGAUGCCCAACGAUCCACGAUUUUGGCCAAGGCACCAGCUCCGCCAGUGGCUGUGCCGUCAAAGCAGCGAAUGAGAAGCGACGAGCCGGAGAUUAUAAGCUCCACGCUGGGCAAACGCCGCUCAAAUGCGCCAACAGCUGGUAAUGGAGCUGGCAAGGAGUUGUUCCGCCGUAGCAGACGUGAAUUAGUUGUUAAUGUGCUGCAUCGGGAUGGCAAACGGGCGCGACGAUCGGGCGAACCGCCUGUUGAAGCUAAACUGCUGCCAAAGAUACACAAUGCAGCUGAGGACGAGGAUGAGGAAGAGGAGGAGGAGGAGGAGUAUGUGCCCAGUUUGUCCGUUAGCGACUAUGUGACAUAUGUGCCACAGCUGGCGCAGAAUGUGGACAUGGACAUUGAUAUGCAUGUGGAGCAGAAAGCUAUCAUCUCGGGCGCUGGCUCCUCUGGUGUAUCCAAGACUCAGUUUGUGGUCACGCUGAAUGGCGACAAUUCGCUGGGCAAUGCCGCCGCCUAUCGCAAGCGUUCCCGCAAACGCACCCCCUCACCGCAAGUGUCCUCAACCAGUUCGACAACCGCUCAGCUCCUGAAUGCUGAGCCCAGCUCAACGACCUGCUCCUCCUCUACCAAUACUAAUAAUAGACGCAAUAAAUCGAAACGGGCGCGCAGCUCAUCCCGCUCCUCGCCAUCCACGUCAAGCAAUACGCCGCCGCCGCCGCCAAAACCAUCGCGUAGUCUCCAUCGCAGCGAGGUGCUGCGCCAGACGCAGGAGAUCAAGAAGAUAAUUAUCAAGAACGAUGCCGAUGAUGAUGACGAUGAUGAGCAGCUGCACGGAGUAAUGCAUAAGCGAGUGUCUAGUAGAAAGCGACUGAGUAGCAGCUCCAACAACAUGGCCGCUUCUUCGUCCUCCUCCAAUGACGUCAAGAUGGACACUAAAGUGCAGCUGGAGGAAGCAAAUCGCUCGACCACGCCACCACUGCCUCCAAAGCAUCUGGAUAAACGCGAUAUUGACAAUGAAAAGCCAACAAUAGCCUCAGUUGUGGCAACAACGGGAACUGCAGAGGCGCCAGCUAAAACCAAGCACACUCCCAUACGCUUCAAGCUGAAGCCGGAGGAGGAGCCAAUGUCCCAAUCACAGCUUCAGUCACAGUCACAGCUCCAGUCGCAGUUGCAGUCACAAAAGAAACGCCGCUCCGGCAGCAAAGAGCGUGACUCAUCCACGGAGCGACGCCGAAUCUCGAUACGCACUGCAGAGGACAGGAAAUACGAUAAUCUUCCGGCAUUGAGUGCAGUUGCCGUCGACUCUACAGUUCUGAAGGUGACAAAGCCAAAGGAGCGCUGCAAAUAUCAUCCGAAUUGCAGUAAACAAUUCUGUGAAUACUAUCAUCCAUCGGCGCCUUGCAAGUCGUUUCCCAAUUGCAAAUUUGCCGACAAAUGUAUGUACUCGCAUCCCAAAUGCAAGUUUGAUUUGGCCUGCAUCAGCAUUGAUUGCAACUUCGCACAUAGCGCUAAUCGUGAUCUGAGUCACGUGCAAUUGUCGGCGCCGCCACUAUCCUCACAUGUGAUACCUGUGCAGAAUUAUAAAUCGAUAUCGGCGCCGACAACAGCGACAACGGCAACAACAAUGUGCAAAUAUUAUCCCAAUUGCUCAAAGGUCGGAUGCACGUUCUAUCAUCCGAAACCGUGUCGUUAUGGCAAGAAUUGCAUUAAUAAGCUGGAGUGCAUAUUUUAUCAUCCGGAAAUGCAAAGCAAAUUCAAAUGGGUCGCUUCAAUGGGCUAAUGAGAAAUGCUUUCUCGUUUUCUUUAGCAUUUAUUAUUUAGCGAAUUGCAUAUGAUGAUCCUAUUUAUAUAUUCAACAACAACAACAAAAACCUACAACCUACAACUAUUCACAACAUUUUUAUCACUAUAUGCAAACCGAGUUUUGCAUUUUGUUUACAACAAUUUGCCAAUUUAAUUUGCUUACAAAUUACAUAUUUAAUGUUUUAUACUCCUAGGCAUUAGCUGAUGAAAACACACAAAACAACACAAUAUUAUAAACUGUUGUCAAUAGAUUUGUUGCAUUAAUAUAAACAAAAAAAAAAAAAAAAACACAAAAAACAUAAAAUCAUCCUCGUAUACAUUUUAAAGUGUAAUCGUCAUUAAUAAGUCAGUGAAUAAAUUUAGCAAAUAGCUUGCUACGAAUUGGA